AUGUUGAUUGGAGGGGAUUUGUACUCAUUCAUUCUAGAAUUACAGCCGGAUAUUAUCUAUCGUCCGGGUCUGCCCUCAGCCUUGCAAACGCAGUUUGGAUUGGUAAUAGUCGGAGCCAUACAAGGGUCAAAAAAACGAGCAGCCAUUCGGAAAAUUGUACAUGAAUGUGUUAGAUGUGUGUGCUAUAGAGCAGCGUGUCCACAGCCAGGAGACUUGCCACAACAACGAAUACAACUUCAUCGCCCAUUUGCAUUUGUCGGUAUGGAUUACGGUGGACCAUUUAUCGUGAAAGAAAGCCGUCGACGAGGUGCUAAGACUAAUAAGGCUUAUCUUGCUCUGUUUGUAUGUUUGUCGGUUAAGGAAAUCCAUCUGGAAGUAGUAAGCGACUUAUUUACGGAUGCGUUCCUUGCUGCCUUUGAUCGCUUCACUGCUCGCCGUGGAAUACCUAUUGAAAUACGUUCUGAUUGUGGAACAAAUUAUGUAGGUGCUGCUCGACAAUUAAAAUCGUUAUUCAAUGAAGCAAAAACCCAAGAUACACUUCUAAGUAUGAUCCCAUGCCAGUGGUAUUUUAAUCCAUCCACUGCCCCUCGCUUUGAAGGAAUCUGGGAGGCGGCAGUAAAAAGCGUGAAGACUCAUCUGAGAAAAGUCAUCGGUGAUCAAAUAUUGACAUCAAAAGAAUUGACUACGCUAAUUAUUCGCAUCUAA